GAGACAGAGGAGAUGCAAGCGAGGCGACCGCCACUCCAUCACGCAGACAGCUCCGGUCACCCUUCGCUUGACGAAAGGGCCAGCCGUCCACACCUCAUGCCUCAGCGCAGUGAGGGAGAGCUGGCCUUUGCCAUGUCGCAGAAGGGUCAGAGGCCGGAAGACAAGCGAAGUGACAGCAAGGACAAGAAGAAGCAUCCCUUCAGGCCGUCGCUCAUGGGCCAG